GGGUUGAUGUCUUGUAGGAUCAAUCCAGGAAUUUUUCUCUAUAGUUUGCUCUCCUAUUAUUAUUGACUAGUCGAAACCUGCCACGUUUUGCCUGAAUUUUGUUAUGGAUCAGCUGCAGUGAUACCAAUUUAGUUAGACUAGAUUACAUUCUCAUGCAUUCCAGGCUUCGUCGUCCUUGCCCAAAGCUUCACUGGCCGGUACAACUUUGAUCAAUUCGACCUCGAAUUGGAGUGUGGUGCCGCCCGGAAUGAGUCCUUGUCCACCCCCCGCAUCGCCGUAGGCCAAAUCGGAUGGAAUGACUAGUGUAGCCUUGGUUCCUUCCGUCAUUUGCAACAGUGCCUCCUUGAGACCUGGAAUGGCUUGAUUCAACGGCAGGGUAUGUGAAUCCCCACGCACGACGGACGAAUCGACGACUUGACCGCUGACCGCCAUGGUCCCGUGAUAAUGAAACUGGAUGGUCGAAUCCAACGUCGGUUUGACGUCUGUCGUCCCGGCUUGUGUUUCCAGAUAAAUCAAUCCACUGUCACUCUGUGUGGCGGCGGCAUGAUCCUUCAAAAAUUGGUCGGCGUACUCUUGUCCGGCCUGUUUGUGGUUGUCGACUUGUUGGAGGGUUCGUUCCUGCAAUAAUUGAUUGGCGGCCGGUCCAAAAUUUUGCAAAAUGGUUUGUCCAUCCAAUCCUUGUUUGGUCAAUGUGCCCUUCAAGUGUUCGGCAAAUCCUUUGGCGACCAAAUCGCAUUCUCGAUCCGUCAAGAGCGUCCCCAGAUUUUGUCCCACUUGCAUGGCCAAAUUAACUCCGAGCGUAUAAAAGGGCAUGUCGACCUCAUCUUCUGGACAUUCAAUGAAUUUGACACCGGGAGGAGGAUUGUCCUUGGAAAUGGGGUCGGAAGCGGAUUCGUCGGUCACUACCGUGGGGGCGGUAGUAUCGUCGCUGCUACUGGCCAUUUUGUGCCAGCAUGACAAUGGAGAAGUAUUGGGUGGCUGUACUACCACAAAAGCACCAGUCGGAGCCACCAGCAGGCAUGUCGCAAUCAAUGGGAACCGCAUCUUGAGGAACUCUCCUGGAUAAUGGCAACGGGGUGGUCUUCUAUCGGAUCUUCUGAACCGCAACAACUAGCUAGUAAAAUGGAAUCAGAACCGUUUUGGUUUGGAUCUUGGAUCUUUGAUGGCUGCUGGAUGGGCGAGUGACACUUGGCGAUUGACGUCAGUGGCUUUUGCAACGUUGUUGGAGGAAAAGAAUUUUGUGAUUGACCCUCAUUUUUUAAUCCCGUCAAUGCUUCAUUGAAACGUCGACGUGAUUUCUCACAGCUUCUUCCUUCAACAGAAGCAGAACAAGUAGCAGCAUGUGGCAAUGACGAUAGAUCUUUGCCUUGGCGACAUGCAGUGCUUCAAGAGCGAAGUACAGUAUUGAUUAGGCUUCUUCCAAGGUCCCAUCUUAUUUAUUUCUUGUGAAAUUGGCAGUUUGAUCAAGUUGCUGCCAAAAAAUAAAAUGUCCUCCAGCAACAGAGAAGACGUUGGGAUUGUGCUCCUGUUGAUGAGCUUGGUAUGCCUGGGAACAUGGCCCGCAUUGCUACGACUGGCAUCGGAAGAAGAUCCAUCCUCGUUGUUGCCAAGAUCAGAAAAUGAGGAAGAAGAGCACCAAGAAAGCUCCGUGCUCUACGUGACCACAUCGUCCAUUGGUUACUCGUCUCUGCCACCUGUUGUUGGGGCUGCCACUACCAAUCAUAGUCACCACAUUGCUUCCACCACCAACAACGACGACAAUCCAGGUGCUCCAGCAUAUCAUUUGGAAACAGUCUGUCAUGCCUACUUGGACUACGCCACGGCCUAUUUUCUGGUAUCCAGCGUCCCCUUUCUCAUCACGGUCGUCCGCAACACAAGUGUUCUGUCCAUGCCACCUCUGCCACUGGUUGCCACGGCCAUGCUGGGCGGGACACUCCUCAGUUGGGGCAAUUUAUCCUUUCAAUGGGCCACGGCCGUCUACAAGGCAUCCCUCACAUUUGUUUUGGCCAUUCAGGCAUCCAUGACCAUAGUGCUCGGGACAGGCAUCAAUUACGGGCUGGAACCGCACAUGACCAAGCGACCACAAUGGCUGUUUGCGGGCAUGACCUGUUUUCUGCUCGCCAUUGUCAUGGCCGUACAGUCGCAAUUGGCGUGGAUGCAGCAAAAGGCAGAAGCGCCAAAUGAACAACAACCAUGUGAUAUUGAAAUUAUAGAGUAUCAUCAACCUAAUAACCAACAACCAACACCAGGAGGCCAAACUGCUCCCAAUGCUUCCACCCAGCAAGAGAAACAAUCCAAUUCUUCCACUGUGGUAACAGGUCUCGUGGUAGCCUUUUUGGGAGGAUUGUGUUUUGGAUUCUUCUCGCCUGCCUUUAACGUGGCGGUCAAUGAUCCCUUUCAAUGGACUAUUUCUACCGGUACCGGUACAAUUGAUGACGAUGACGACAAGGAUCAAACGUUGCGGGUCGUUCGGGCCAAUUUCAUUUUCAGUUUUGCCUUUUGGGUCGCCAGCUUUGGUGGAAACUUGUGGCUGCUUCAGAAGAAACAACAACCGCAACAAUCCAUGCCCUCUCUGCUGCGACGCUACUGGUUGUCGUCGACAUGGAUGGAACGACGAAUGGCUCUCUUGGCGGGUUUGGUCUGUGCCAUUGGCAACGUCCUGCAAUUCCAAGGUGGCCAGUUGGUGGGAUAUGCCACGGCCGAUCUCGUACAGGCGUAUCCAUUGGUAUCCACCGUGUGGGAUGUGCUUUGGUUUGGGGAAUUCCACAGUCUGCGCUUCCCCUCACGUUUGGCCACCAUGCUCUUGGGCAUGUAUCUGGCAUACGGGGCGGGUGUCCUACUCUUUGCCGGAAGUAGUGUCGGGGAUGGAUAGGAAAUGGCAAACCAGAAAAAGAGAUGACCAUGAUAGUGCUCGUCAACGUCUCAUCAUCCGUGUGAAGUCCCCUGGUUUGAUGAAUUCUAGCUAGAUAGAUAGAUGGCUGGGUGCAAGUACAUGCUUUAUCAGUAUCAUGCCGCCCAUUUUGGGGCGCGGACCUUCAAAGAAUACAGAAGGCGGUUCUAGCCGGACGGUGCCGCCGUGUCCCACAAACCGCACGAAGAGCGCAAGGCUUGCGACAAUCCCCUACCGGUGCGGUACUAACGAACUACUGCCGGAACGGAACGGCGGUGGAGAGCAAUGCGACGCUCACCAGAAAACAAAAGCAUUUAGUGCCGAUUGUGACGCUAGCUAAGAUCAUAAACAAGCAAAAAAUCCUUGGUGUGUCCC